AAGGUCUCUGUGUGCUUCUCGACUUAUUUUGGAGGUGGAAGGGAGGGGAGAGAAACGGAUAUACAAUCCCCCUGACCUGGAGUGACUCCCCCAAGUGUCACAGAAAAGGCUACAUGAAGUGAGGUGUAACAGCAUGCCAGACUUUCACUUUGCAAGAUGGCAUCUUUUAGUUUUAUAUCCUUAGUAUCAAAUGAAUAAGACUCGUCUUACUGCCUAAACUUGUAUCGCGUUUUUCUAGAUUUCAGUCGUAAACUCCCUUCUCGUUUGUCUUUGGCGCAUAUUGCCAGGUAUUACUGUGUGGCUUCCCCGAGGCCUCACGGUUCUUCUGUGGAACUUAGAUUGUCAGCUAGGGGCUUAAGAACAGAGGAUGCAGCUUUCAUAAUAUCCAUCAAAGGCCACCUCAGUUUUUGAAUCACCUAAGGAAGUACGGUUAUGUUGUCGGUUCCAGAGUAAGGAGCACCUUAGACAUAUUCUAUACAAAAGCAAAGGAUGAAUACUGCCUGGGUUGCUGAGGGUACUGCACUUUGGCCCAUGCACUGUUUUCAUAUUCUUAAUUGCAGUUUUGUGCCUGUGUAGAGCAUUCACCUUGGGUGGCGUUCCUGCUUGUUGGGCCCUGUUCAUCUAAUUUCACUUAUCUGGUAUCAUGGCAAAAGAUGCUGGUUUAAUUGAAGCAAAUGGAGAGCUCAAAGUAUUUGUUGAUCAGAAUCUCAGCCCAGCAAAAGGUGUAGUGUCGCUGCUGGCUGUUCAUUCAUCUGUUGGAAAGCAGCUCCUGCCAAAAACAUUUGGACAGUCCAAUGUGAACAUUUCUCAACAAGUGGUUAUUGGCACACCACAAAGACAAUCUCAGCCAAAUACUAUCUUGUUAGGAAGUCCCCAUACUCCAAGCACGCACUUUGUAUCACAAAACCAAGCCACAGACUCCUCUCCGUGGUCUGCCAGCAAAAGGAACAAAAAAGGAGAGAAAAAUGGCAAGGGCUUACGUCAUUUUUCAAUGAAAGUAUGUGAGAAAGUACAGAAGAAAGGCACAACCUCUUACAAUGAAGUGGCUGAUGAGUUGGUAGCAGAAUUUAGUUCCACCGAUAACCACAUAUCGCCAAAUGAAUCGCAAGCUUAUGACCAGAAGAAUAUAAGACGACGUGUUUAUGAUGCCUUAAAUGUGCUUAUGGCAAUGAACAUUAUUUCUAAAGAAAAAAAAGAAAUAAAAUGGAUUGGUCUACCAACAAACUCUGCUCAGGAAUGUCAGAAUUUAGAGGUUGAAAGACAACGAAGACUUGAGCGAAUAAAGCAAAAACAGUCUCAGCUACAGGAACUUAUUCUACAGCAAAUUGCCUUCAAAAAUCUAGUUCAAAGAAAUCGUCAAACAGAGCAGCAAACAAAUAGAUCGCCUCCAUCCAAUUCAGUUAUACAUUUACCAUUUAUUAUUGUGAACACCAGCAAAAAGACUGUGAUUGAUUGUAGCAUUUCUAAUGACAAAUUUGAAUAUCUUUUUAAUUUUGACAACACUUUUGAAAUACAUGAUGAUAUAGAAGUACUAAAACGUAUGGGUAUGGCUUGUGGACUUGAGACUGGCAGCUGUUCAGCAGAAGAUCUGAAGUUGGCGCGGAGCUUGGUGCCAAAGGCUUUGGAACCAUAUGUGACAGAAAUGGCUCAGGGAUCAAUCAGCAGUGUGUAUGUCUCCUCAACGUCAGGUGCGGUGUCAAAUGGACGCCGAUUUUCAGCCAGUGAUUUGACAACAGAUGGAAUGCAAGCUACCAGCUCCAAUGGAUCACAGUACAGCAGCUCCAGGGUGGAAACGCCUGUAUCUUAUGUUGGGGAGGAAGAUGAUGAUGAUGAGGAUGACUUUAAUGAAAAUGAUGACGACGACUAAUGUAGUAAAAUUGGUAUCCAGUUACAAAUCAUUUCAGGAACAUGUCUAUUUUUUUCCUUACCUGGUUAAUAUCACGGCUACGGAAACAUAAUGGUGAGGCAAUUGGUUAUAACAAGCAAUUUUUUUUUUUUUUAUGCUGUGGAUGUUUGAAUAUAGUACUUUAUUCACUGGCUCCCUUAUUUGUUCCAACACAUUUUUUAUUUGGCCCCUGGUUCUGUGACACUUCCUAAUGAUGUAUGAUCCAUGUAAUAAAUAAAAUGCUAUGCAUACAUGCUAAAUGAAAUGGGUUUAACAAAUUGGCUUUUAUUUGAAGAACAUAUAAUGUAGGAUUAAGUAUGGUUUUAAGAAAUCAUGCAAUGUCCAAAGAACCUUUUUUUUCCCUCCUGAAAUGAGCUAAAGUUCAGAAACUGGACUGUUGCAGCUUUUAUGAUUUCUGUUGUAUAUUUUGGGGUAACUAAAUAAAUUUUCUAUCAAAAAAAAAAAUUCUGCAAUGCCGAUGCAGUUCUGUGAAAUGUUUUGAAAGUUGCUAUAUACAGUAUAUAAAUAUUGCUUAUAGUAUAAUUUGCCUGAAUUCUUCCAGGUAAACCUUUUUUUUAUAUAUAGUUUACAUAAUUAUCAUUUAAAUGUGUUCUGAAGCAAAUGUUUUGUAUUUGUUUCCUAAACGCCUUGUAAUCUAUUAUAAUGUUGAAAUUAUAGUUUUAACAUUUUUCUUUUCUCCAGAUUUGUGAAUUGUUUUUAGCAGUCAUAUUUUCUAUGAUAUUUUUAAGGCAAGCUGUAGUUUAAGAUGAACUUAUUCACAAGAAAAUAAACUGCACAUAUGCUGACAGCUGCCUACUGAAAUACAAUAUUCUUUUUAUUGAAAAGUGCAUACACUUAUGUAAUUUUAUUAACUAUACAGAGACCUAUAAAUGAUUUUGUUUAACUUGGCACUGUUAGUUUUAUUAAUAAAAAAACAAAAACAAUG